AUGUCCAAUCCUUCCGACCACCUCUUUGCCGGAGGCGCCGGAAGAAGUCUGAGCGACCAGUUGACUGGCAGCACAGAUGACCUCUCCACAACAUCAUCCCCAGAUGUCACCGUCUUUCGCGACCAGCUCCGCAAAGUUCAUGGUCGUAUAGAGCGCACAGCCGUUUUGGGUGAAACUCUUCUUAGCACUGAACACGAACUUCAGCUCCACUUAGAUUCCCUCAAAGAUUCAUCUACAACUUCGCUUCAAGACGCGUUUGAUGAAGAACAGCGUCUUCAAUCUAAAAAGCUUCAACAGCGAAUAGCAUACCUUUCAAGACAAUCUGACCAACUUAUGGAGGAGUCUACUUCUAUCAGACCCCAUGACCAAUCUGACUCUUUAACGCCUGUUUCCAACGAGCAAUAUGCACCUCCUGUGCGACAUCGCCGCAGUAGAAAUACUUCUUCCAAAACUGAAGAUAUUAACUUUGUUUCAUCUAUUGGCGAAAAUAUUCUUCAAGAAUGCAGACGGUUAAAUGCCCAGCUUCAGCAACGAGAGUCUCUCAUUCGCAAUCUUGAACAAGAACAAGAACAAUUAAAAUCUCAGAAUCAUACUCUCACUUCGCAACUAUCAUCAAUUUCUACUGAAGAUCAAAAACUUAAAGAAGAAAAUUGGAACCUUGAAGUUCGAAUUCGAGAUCUUAGAGAACUAAUUAAAAAAUCAAAUAAUGCUUUAUCCAUGACUGCCACGGAAAGAGGUAAGCUCCAGACUGAUAAAAGCAAACAACUUGACAUUAUUGAUACCAUGAAAGAAAAGGAGUCGGAGCUUGUCAAAGAGCUUGAAAAAUUACGUGCCUCUAAAGAAUCUACAAUUACUACUUUUAAGCUUGACAACGACCAGCUAAUGUCAGAAAACACUUUGCUGCAACAACAGCUCGCAGAGCUAAAAGAGGAAGUUUCUCUUUUAAAUACUCAAGUUCAUUCCCAGUCUCGCCAGCUUUCAAUUUCAAAUGAUAUCAUAAACCGACGCCGCCAGUCUGGUGGUGAAGGCGCUUUUGAUGACGAUGAUACUGAUGAUGAUUCUUUCAUUGGAGAUGACCAAGUCCUAUUAGACAGUUUUAACUCUCCUAACCAUACUCAAUCAAGUACUGCUGCUCUUGAAUCUGAAACAGUCAAAGAUUCUCUUCAACAUGCCCAUAAAAUCAUUGCUACCUUGCGUAGCAACCUAGCACGUGAAAAGGCUGAAAAGCUUGAGCUCAAGCGACAAAUUUCCGAUGCACAACAGAGCGAAUCUGAAGGAGUUUCUGUAAGCGGCGGCACACAAAGCAACCGAAGCAGCAUUUUUGCUGGUUUUAAGGGAAGCAGUACCAAUAAUCCCAAACGUCAGCGCACGGCUGCCCGUGGUGGCCUUGCUCGAUCACUCAACCCAUCUUUUACGGCUACUUUUGGAGAACCAACAAAUAAGCGUUUUAGUUUUGGCUCUUCGGAAGAAGGCUGGGAAGAAAACGAAGAAAACACUAACCAUUCAAUAUCUGAUAUUUUCCAGUCGACUACCGAUAAAACCCCCACUACUGAAGAUGAUGACUACAACACUAGUCGCGAAACGCACGACUCCGGCGAAAUGACUGAAACUGAAGAGGACAAAGUUGGUCACAGAAGACAUACUACUGGUGGCUCCUUUUUCCCUUCUGUUAACCUCCACAACGAGGACGAUGAAGAUGAAGAAGAAGACGAAGAUGACUUUUAUGACAUGGCUGGCACCAAGUCCAUAUUUGGCGCCGCUGCUCGCAAUCACUUUUCACGUAGUGCCAGUACUCCUCAGGGUCUUUUUGCCCGGUCUAAGGAUUUUGGCUCUGAAAACGAUAUUUCUGCCGCUGCUUCCCAUCUUAGCGCUUUUGCUCAAGAAAGUGGCAUGGGUUCAUUUGCUAAGGGUGAUAGCUUGGCAUCUGAGUUUAUGUCUGUGGAGGAAAUUGAAAAGCUUGCAUCUGAUCACGGUCUUGUCACUCUUCCAAUCGAAGAGUACGAAGAACUUACAAAGGAAACCCACACAAAUACCUCCACUCCUGCUACCGCUGCAAUUGCUACCUCUCUCACAGUUGAAGAUCUCCAGGCCUCUGCUAAGUCAUUGGGCUUUGUUGUUCUGUCUGAAGAUGACCAUAGCGCUCUUUUAAAGUCUCAGUCUCUCGAAUCUUCUCUUCCGUCAUUUAAACCUGUUUCAGUUCCUGUACCUAUUCCUAUCCCGACAGUUGCUUCCGCUCCUGAGCCUACUAGUGAAGAACUUACCAAGCUUGCCGAAAAGAAGGGUCUUCGUGUCCUUUCUGAAAAAGAAUACGAUAACCUGUUAAACGUUUCCCAGUCUCCCAGCGAGUCAUUCAUUAAGGAAAAUGCUGCCAAACUUGGCUUGGUAACUCUGCAAGAACCGGAAUAUAAAUCGAUUGUUCAAAAGUCAGAAGAACCUCUUGCUAAGGAAGAGCUUGUUAAACAAGCUGAAGCUCUAGGCUUGGUUACAGUCUCUAAAUCCUCCCAUGAUGAAUUGGUUCAUGCUGCUUCCAAUCCCACACAAGAUCUGGUAAAAGAGUACGCUGCUAAAAAUAAGCUUGUUCUCAUUGAUGAGGACAAAUACGACGAUGUUCUACGUGAAGCACAAAAGCCUACUCCUGAUGAAAUUUCUUUCAAGGCCCAGUCUUUAGGUCUUGUCACUGUUCCUCAAGAAGAAUUCGAAUCUAUCAAACGUACUGCAAAUGAACCCACCACAGAAGAACUAGCUUCUAAGGCCAAGCAUCUCGGCUUUGUUAUUCUUCCUGAUGAUGAUCACAAGUCGAUUCUGCGGGCCGCCCAUGAGCCUACGCCUGAAGAGCUUGCUGAAAAGGCUAAGGCUCUUGGAUAUGUUGCUAUCCCUCAAGAGCAUCAUGAAGAAGUUUUGCGUGUUGCACACAAGCCCACACACGAAGAGAUCACCCAAAAGGCUGAAGGUCUCGGCCUUGUUGCCCUGCAUGCAGAUGAACACAAGUCGUUACUGCGUGAGCUUCACGAGCCAACACAUGAAGAAAUUACCAAGAAGGCUGAGGAUUUAGGUUUGGCUGCACUACCUGCUGAUGAACUCAAGUCUCUUUUCCGCGCUGCACACGAGCCUACUCACGAGGAGCUUUCAGAAAAGGCGCAGUCACUGGGUUAUGUGGUUCUUAAUAAGGAUGAACAUGAGGAGGUGCUACGUGCUGCUCAUACACCUACUCAUGAAGAAAUUUUAUCAAAGGCUAAGAAUCUUGGUCUAGUGGCUUUGCCCGUUGACGACCAUCAGUCGCUCUUAAGAGCCGCCCAUGAGCCUACUCCUGAAGAGCUUGCUGAAAAGGCUAAGUCUCUUGGCUAUGUAGCCCUUCCUAAGGAUGACCACGAAGCUACUGUUCGGGCUGCCAAUGAUCCUACACAUGAGGAAAUUUUGACUAAGGCUGAGAAGCUUGGUUUAAUAGCUCUUCCUGUCGAUGACCACAAGUCACUUCUCCGCGCUGUUCAUGAGCCUACACCUGAAGAGCUUGCUGAAAAGGCAAAGACCCUUGGUUAUGUUGCUGUUCCCAAGGACGAUCACGAAGCUACUCUGCGUGCUGUUAAUGAACCCACUCAUGAGGAAAUUUUGACUAAGGCCGAGAAACUAGGCCUUGUUGCUCUUCCUGUCGACGACCAUAAGUCUCUUCUAAGAGCUGCCCACGAGCCCACACCCGAAGAACUUGCAGAAAAGGCUAAAUCUCUUGGCUAUGUAGCCAUUCCUAAGGACGAUCACGAAGCUACUCUGCGUGCUGUUAAUGAGCCCACUCAUGAGGAAAUUUCGACUAAGGCCGAGAAACUAGGCCUUGUUGCUCUUCCUGUCGACGACCAUAAGUCUCUUCUAAGAGCUGCCCACGAGCCCACACCCGAAGAACUUGCAGAAAAGGCUAAAUCUCUUGGCUAUGUAGCCAUUUCUAAGGACGACCACGAAGCUACUCUGCGUGCUGUUAACGAGCCUACACAUGAGGAAAUUUUGACUAAGGCUGAGAAGCUUGGUUUAAUUGCUCUUCCUGUCGACGACCAUAAGUCUCUUCUAAGAGCUGCCCAUGAGCCUACACCUGAGGAACUUUCUGAAAAGGCUAAAUCUCUUGGCUAUGUAGCCAUUCCUAAGGACGAUCACGAAGCUACUCUGCGUGCUGUUAAUGAGCCCACUCAUGAGGAAAUUUCGACUAAGGCCGAGAAACUAGGCCUUGUUGCCCUUCCUGUCGACGACCAUAAGUCUCUUCUAAGAGCUGCCCAUGAGCCUACACCUGAGGAACUUUCUGAAAAGGCUGAGGCUCUUGGUUACGUUGCUCUUCAUAAAGAUAAUCACAAAGAGCUAACUCGAGCUCUUACAAAGGAAGAAAUUUCUGAAAAGGCCAAAGCUCUUGGGUUUGUUACUUUGUCUGAAGCCGAACACACCAAGUUGGUUCAUUCUGUUGAGGAGCCCACGGAAGAAGAAUUAACAGCUCGUGCAGAGUCCAAGAAUCUCCAGCUUGUUCCUAAGGACGAGUACGUAAAAUUGCUGCGCAAGGCUGAAGACCCUACUCAAGAAGAAAUUUCUGAAAAAGCUAAGGUUCUUGGUCUUGUUCCUCUUACCGUUGCUGGUCAUACUUCUCUGUUACGACAAGCUAACUCCCCAACCAUUGAAGAACUUAAAGCUAAGGCUGAAAGCCAAAACUAUACUUUGCUUCCUUCAGAAAAGCUUAAGACCCUUUACGAGACUGCAGAAUCACCCUCUCUUGAAUUCUUAAAUUCCAAGGCUUCUCUACUUGACAAUAUUGUUAUUCCUAAAGAAGAGUAUGCUUCCCUUACUCGUCAAGCAAAUGAACCUACUAAGGAUGAAAUUUUCUCUAAGGCUAAAAAUCUUAGUCUCAUUGCUGUUGAUACUUCUGAGUACGACAAUCUUUUGCGUCGUGCGAACGAGCCUUCUUCUGAUGAAAUUAAGGCUGCUGCUGACAAGGCUCAUCUUACGGCUGUUUCUGUUUCUGAGUAUGAUGAAAUUGUCCGCAAAGCCAACCAGCCUUCUCAGGAUGAAGUUAUUGAUGCUGCCAAGUCAUUUAAUCUCAUUGCCAUUCCUGAGUCUGAUCAUAACGAACUUAUACGGUCGGUGGACAACCCUACGGAAGAAGAAAUUUCCAAGAGAGCUGCUUCCAUUGGGUUUUCUGUGUUAGCUACCUCUAAACUCAAGUCUCUUGAAGAUCCUUCAUCUGCGGACGUUGCUAAGUAUGCUUUGAAGCAUAAUCUCCAUGUUUGCCCAGUAUCCGAGUUUGAAGAGCUCACUCGACCCUUAACUGUUUCUGAGAUUGAGUCUAAGGCUCAAGCCCUUGGUCUGGUUGCAGUUGAGAGUGACAAAUAUGAAGAUCUUGUCCGUAAGACCACUAAGCCAGCCAAGGAGGAAGUUGCUGCCGCUGCUUCUACCUUAGGUCUUACUGUGGUGGAAGACGGUAAAUAUGAGGAGCUUGUUCGGUCUGCUGAAACACCCACUGUUGAAGAGCUUGCUGCUAAGGCCAAGUCUCUUGACAGUAUUAUUGUUUCUGAGAAAGACUACAAUGCUUUGCGCGAGCUUUCCGAAAAACCUUCUGCAGGUCAUAUUGAGAAGGUCGCUAAAACUGCUGGACUUGUUGCUAUAACUUCUGCUGUUUAUGACAAGCUUGUUUCUGAAGCAAAUGAACCAUCUCUUGAGCAUAUCAAUUCCAAGGCUGCCGCUCAUGGUCUUUCCACCAUUCCUUCCAGAGAUUUGGAUGAGCUUAACCGCAAGUCUUCAAAACCUACCACUGAAGAGCUUGCUACUCUUGCUUCGUCUUUGAACUACGUUGCUAUUACUUCUGCUGCACACAAUGAACUUGUUAGAGCAUCCAAGUCUCCUACUCAAGAAGAGCUUAAGGCUAAAGCAUCUGAUCUUAACCUUGUUGUUGUUCCUAAGGAAGAGUUUGAAACCUUGUCUACUGAUGCCAACUCGCCAUCUAAGGAGCGCAUUAUCGAAAAGGCUUCUAAGCUGAAUCUCAGUGCUGUUCCUACUGAGGAGUACAAUGAACUCAAGCACUUAGCCCACAACCCCACUAGCGAUGAGCUUCGAAAGAUGGCCGCAGAGCUUAAUUACAGCCUCAUUGAAACGAAGGAUAUCGAAAUUUUGAAACGUGAAGCCGAAUCUCCCACAAAGGAUGAACUUAUUUCUAAGGCUGCUACUUUAGGCUUUGCCCUCUUGCCCAAUGAUGAGCUAGUUGAGCUAAGACGCAAGCCAUCUAAAGAAGAGGCCUCACAAGCUGUCGAAGAGCACGGCCUUAUUGCUGUUCCUGUUGGUCAGUAUGAAUCAAUUCGUGAGGCUGCUAACCGACCUAUUGACGAAGAUUUUGUUAAGUCUGCUGCUGCUUCUCUUGGUCUUGCAACUCUUUCUACCAGUGCCCUUGCUCUUUUGCAAAACCCCAAACCUCCUACUUUGGAAGAAAUUACUACUCUUGCUAAAAAGGACGGUCAUGAUGUCAUAUCUUUGGAAGAGUUAAAGGCUCUGCGUAGCCCGCCUGCACCGACUGCCCCUGAAGUUACUACUCUUGCCAAACGUUACGGUCUUGUCACUGUUGAGCAGAGCGAAUAUGAUGAUCUCAAGAAGCCUUACAGCCCAACAGCUGAAGAAAUUGAAAAGCAAGCCACAUCUCAUGGUCUUGUUGUCGUUCCUACUGUUGAUUUCAAGGAGUUACAGAAUCCCUCUGUUGCGGUUCUUGAAGAGAAGCUUUCUACCUAUGGUAAAACUGCAGUAUCUGUAGAUGCUCUUGAAAGUCUCAAGAAUCCCUCUAGAGAAACUGUUCUUUCACAAGCCAAGAGCUACGAUCUUAUUCCUCUUACUAAAGAUGAGCACAAUGACCUUAAGCGCAAGUCUGAAAAGCCGUCACUGACUGAGAUUUCUCUUUUUGCUGGUGCUUUAGGAUCUGCUAUUAUUGGCAAGUCUGCGCUUGAAACUCUUAAACAGCGUGCCGACUCUCCUACUGCUGCAGAUAUUAAGGGUAAUGCUUCCAAGCUUGGUCUUGCUACUAUUCCUGUAGGUGAGCUUGAAGUUCUUCAUAAACGUGCUGAGUCACCAACUUUUGCGACUGUUGAAGGAUUUGCCAAACAGCAUGAUGCUGUCGUCAUUCCUGUCAAGGAUUUCAAUUCAAUUAAAAAGACCGCUACUGAGCCAGAACAAAUGGAGGUCGAGGCAUUUGCUGCCAAACUUGGUCUUACUCUUCUUGCUACCUCGAAGCUUGAAUCUAUGGAAAAGCGCAUCAAUCAUCCUACGGUGGAAGAUCUCAAGAAAGACUCUUUUACUCUUGGUUACACUGUUGUUUCUCAGAAAAAUUUUGAUUCUCUCAACGCUCAACUUGAGCAUCCAUCUGUUGAAUACUUAACUAGCAAAGCCCAUGCUGAAGGAUAUGCCUUUGUUCCUGAAGCCGAGUACAAGGAAAUCUCGCUUAAGGCAAAUGAGCCUUCUAUUUCUCACAUCUCAGAUUGUGCUGCUUCUCAAGGUCAUGUUGUUGUUUCUCAAGAUAGUUACAAUCAACUUAAGGAGACUGCUGAAAAUCCCAAGGAAGAUGACGUCAAGUCCAAGGCUUCCAAGCUUGGUCUUGCUGUCCUUGCUACUGCUUCUUUGGCUGAGCUCCAGAAGAAGGCUGAAAAUCCUGACUUUGACUCCAUUACCAAAUUUGCUGCUUCUCACGACUCUGUUAUUGUUAAAAAAUCUGAAUACGAAGACCUGAAAUCAAAGGUUGAGAAACCUGAAAAGGAAUCGGUUGAUGAGUAUGCUAAAUCUCUUGGCUUUGUUUUGGUUCCAAACGACGAUGCUAAACUUCUUGACAAGCCUACAUUUGAAUUCUUGCAGCAACAAUCUUCGAAACUGGAUGCUACCAUUAUCCCCAAUUCUAGUCUUACUGUCCUUAAUGAGCAUCUUCAAAAGCCUACUCGUGAGGAACUUGAAGAGCUUGGCGCUGCUAGUGAUUUGGCUGUUGUCUCGUCUGCUCAUCUUUCUGAGCUUGAGAGAAAGGCUAAUACUCCUUCCAAGGAAGAAGUUGAAUCUCUUGCACAGGGUCUCAACUAUUCUUUGAUUUCGAUUGAAAGUCUUCAAGAUCUUAAGACUCGUGCUGAUGAGCCAACCAGGGCUGAUCUGGAACGAGCCGGUAAGAAACUUGGCCUUUUUGUUGUUCCCAAGGAAGACUUUGAACAUAUUGAAGGUCUUGCUAAGGAACCUACUGUUGACCAUAUCACUGAGCACGCAGAAAAACUUGGUCACAAAGUGGUUCCUGCUGAUGAGUACAAUGAAAUUCAUGCCAGAGCCACUUCUCCUACUUUAGAACACUUGACUUCUCAUGCUGAAACUCAAGGUCACAAGGUUAUUUCUAUUGAAGAGUACAAUGAAAUUCACGCUAAGGCUACUGCUCCUUCCAUUGAACACUUGACUUCUCAUGCAGGGUCUCAAGGUCACAAGAUUGUUCCUGUUGAGGAGUACGAGGCAAUUUAUUCUAAGGCUACAGCUCCCACUCUUGAACACCUGGCAUCUCAUGCUGAGACCCAGGGCCAUAAGGUUGUUCCUGUUGAAGAGUACAAUGACAUCCAUGCCAGAGCUACAUCUCCUUCUCUUGAACAUCUUGCUACUCACGCUGAAACUAAGAGACACAAGAUCGUUCCUGUUGAAGAGUAUAAUGACAUUCAAGCUAAGGCCACUACUCCCACAAUUGAGCAUUUAGCAUCUCACGCAGAGACUCAGGGUCACAAGGUUGUACCUAUUGAGGAGUACAACGCCCUUCAUACUAAAGCAACGGCCCCCACUAUUGAGGAUCUUUCUUCUCAUGCAGAGGCUCAUGGCCAUAAGGUCGUGCCUGUUGCUACGUUUGAAGAAAUUAAUGCUAAGGCGACGGCACCUACUCUUGAACAUUUGGCAUCUCAUGCUGAAACUCAGGGCCAUAAGAUUGUUCCUGUUGAGGAAUACAAUGACAUUCAUGCCAGAGCUACAUCUCCCUCUCUUGAACAUCUUGCUGCUCACGCUGAAUCGCAAGGUCAUAAAAUUGUACCGGUUGAGGAAUACAAUGCAAUUCACGCUAAAGCUACUGCUCCUACUCUUGAGGAUCUUUCUUCUCACGCUGAGACUCAAGGCCACAAGAUUGUGCCUGUUGCUGUAUUUGAUGAAAUUCAUGCCAAAGCCACUGCUCCUAGCAUUGAACAUUUGGCAGCUCAAGCCGAGUCGCAAGGCCAUAAGGUUGUUCCUGCUGAUGAGUACAAUGACAUUCAUUCUAAGGCUACUGCUCCUACUAUUGAGCAUUUGACAUCUCAUGCCGAGACCCAAGGUCAUAAGAUUGUUUCUGUUGAAGAUUACGAUGCAAUCCAUGCCAAGGCCAAUUCUCCCACUUUCGAUGACUUGGCUGUUCAUGCUAAAAAUAUGGACCACAAGCUUCUUUCUGCCGCAGAAUAUGAUGAGCUUCAUAACAAGGCCAACAAUCCAUCUGUUGAAAUAGUUACUGGUCAUGCUGCUGCAUUUGGUCACAAGGUUGUUCCUGAAGAGGAGUAUAAGAAUUUGGAAGCUAAGGCUAACAGUCCUUCUAUAUCUCAGCUUUCAGAGCACGCUGAUGCUGCUGGACACCAAGUUAUUUCUAAGGAGGAGUACAGUAAACUCAAGGAUGCCGCCGAGAAUCCUGAUGAAGGCACAGUAAAGUCUCAUGCUUCUAAACUUGGUCUUUCUAUUAUUGGCAUUUCUGCAUUAACUUCGCUUGAGAAAAAGGCGAAUGAACCUGACUUUAGGGAUUUGGAGAGUCAUGCUGAUAAACACGACUCUAUCUUGGUCAAGAAGGCUGAUUAUGAUACUCUUGCUGCCAAGGCAAACGCUACACCUACCUUAUCUGAUGUCACUAAAUCGGCCGAAGAUCUUGGAUUUACUUUGGUUCUUAAAAAGGAAAGUGAACUUCUCAAGAACCCUACUUUGGAAUACCUGGAAGAACAAUCAUCCAAGCUUGAUGCUACUCUAAUUUCCAACUCUCAACUUAGUGUGUUGAACUCCAAUCUCAAGGCACCUACCCGUGAAGAACUCGAAUCACUUGGAAAGACAAAUAACUUUGCCGUUAUUCCAUCAUCACAAUUAGAAGAGUUGAAGCGUACAGCACACAAUCCUAACAAAGAGGAUCUUGACAAGCUUGCAGUCAGCUUUGGCUGUGCCGUUAUUCCUGUCGACACUCUUUCUUCUCUUAAGCGGCGUGCAGAUGAUCCCACACAAGAAGACUUGGAGCGUGUUACAUCUAAGCACAACCUGUCUCUUAUUCCUUCUGAGGAACUUAGUGAACUUGAGCGCAAAGCCAAUGAGCCCACUCUUAGUGAGCUUGAAGACGGUUUGUCUCGAUUCAAACUGUUGUCGGUGCCGCAAGAUGAAGUCGACGAAUGGAAACGUAAGCUUUCUAAGCCUACUACUGUCGAGCUUAAUGAACUCAGCAAGGCUGUUGGCUACAUCGCUGUGCCAAAUGAUGAGUUUGAGGUUAUGGAGAAAAAUCUUAAUGAGCCUGAUUUAGACUUUAUUUUGCAACAAAACAAGCGUCUUGGCCUUGCAGGUGUCACAUCCCAGGAGUACGAAAAUCUGCAAAAGUCGCUGCGGGAGCCUUCUAAGACUGAUUUGGAGACUUUAGCUUCUAAGCUUGGACUUGUGUUGAUUACCAAAGAGCUUUAUUCCACUAUAAAUGAGCGUAAGGGUAGUUUGAGUGAGGCAUCUUCUCAAUCUGACCGUAAGGUUGGUUCUGUUCUUGCGCGCAAGGAACACUUUGAAGACAUUAUUCGACAAUCAUCAGCCUCUGAGUCAAGUGCACAUGGUGAAAAGGUUAUUGAAUCCAUGCGUUCUCUUGGCUAUGUCCCUGUUGCUUCUGAUGAGUACAAACGACUCGUUGAUAAUCAAAAGGAGUACAAGCCUACUCGCCGUGAUGUUUUACGUACUGCCAAGGAAUUUGGACUUGUUGCUAUUCCUGCUGAUGAAUACAAGGUGCUAUUGAAGCGCAAUCCUUCUGCUGGAUCUUCAUCAGCUAUUGCUGGUGUUGCAGGUGUUGCAGGUGCUGCAGCUGGUGCUCUGCUUGCCGAAUCAUCAAGCUUGGACGACUUAGUUACACGUUCUAGACCUGGUACUCCUACAAAUAAGAUGCCGAGGUCCAUGUCGGCAUCUAAGUUGCUUAAGCCUGUUUCUACAGAUGAGGACAUUACCGUUGAAACCGUUCCUACGGAGUAUCUUUCUUCUCUUAGAAAGAUUGUUGAGUCUCCUUCUAAGGACGAUAUUGUUAUGCUGGCAAAGAAACUUGAUUUGGCAGUUAUGCCUACUAAGGUUGAUGAGAGCAGUGAUUUUGUUGCUGUUCCAAUUGCAGAAUACCAAAAACUUAUUACCAAGCCGCCUGUUGUUGCAACUAAGACUGAAGCAUAUGAAGAAAUGGAAGCCACUGAAGCCAAACGCAACUCACAGGUUCUUAAACGCUCUAGUACUCCACUUUUCCAUGAUGCAUUUGAGACUCCUGAAGAUCUUAAGAGACACAGCUAUCUUUCUGAUGCUCCUGUUACUGAGGAGGAUGUCGAAGCUGCUAAUCAAGCUAAGGAACAAGUUGAGCUUGCAGCUAAGAGUCUUGGGCUUGUUAUAUUGAGUAAUGUGGAGAUGCAAAGUAUUCAAAAUAAUGCAUCUGAGGCUCUCAAAGCUCUUGAGCUUAGUAAGCUUGAAACUAAGUCGCUUGAGGAGUCUCGGGCAAACGUUGCUCGUGCAUUAGAGGAGAAGAAUGCGGAGACAGCUAAGGCAGUUGCACAGAGUCAGGCUGAAGCCAUCAAGGCGAUUGAAGUGGCCAAGGCUGCUGCAGAAGAAGCUCAAGCUGAGGCAACUAGAAUUAUUUCUGAGACUAAGAUUGCUAGCACUCGUGCUAUUCGCUUGAGUCAAGUUCGGGUGGAUGAUCUUGAACGCCAGGUUGAAGAUCUUAAGGCUGAUUCAUUGGAGAAACAAGCUGAAGCACUCGGGUUUGUGCUGGUUGAAAAGGAAGAUUACAGCAAACUUAAGAGUCAUCAAGGAUCAAAGACGACUGCAGUUCCUGUGCCCAUUCCUGUUCCUGUUUUGGGGGCUACGAAAGAGGUGCCUGUUACUUCUGCAGUUAAAGUUUCUGUUCCAGUGCCUACUCAAAAGGCUCUUACUACAGAAGAAAUUAGUGCUCUUGCAGCCAAGCGCGGUUAUACUUUGGUUUCUGAAAAAGAAAAGAAAAACUUACAGCUUUCUACUGAAGAAAUUGAAGCCCAAGCAAAUCGUCUUGGCUUACACUUGUUGAAUGAUCGUGAUUAUAAGAAAUUGAAUACUGCUCCUCAACAAGAAGCAGCACUCAGAACUUCAGCCCAACGUCUUGGAAUGUCUAUUAUUUCGACACAAGAAUAUGAAAUAUUGAUGAAGGUUAAGGAAGAUAAGAAGAAGACGGAAGCAAUGGUUGCAGAGCUUAAGCCUGGAUUUGUACAAGUGCCAUUGCCACUUUACAGGGAGCUUAGAGCUCGGACAGGAAAUGAAGCUGUUAAUAGAGAUAAUAUUCGGUUUUAUGCCGAGAAGCUUGGUUUUGUUGCGGUGAGUGGGGCCGAGUAUCAGGCUUUGAAGGAAGGCCGUGGAGAAGGUGGUAUUGCGACGCCCACUGGCAAUGGUGAAGGAGAAGGACCGUUAUUGCGGGAAGUUAAGGGAGCACCUGUUAUUCGCAGUGUGUCCACUCAGUUUAACACAUCUACGCCGACGGAUGAGGGCUGGCAAUCUGCUGUUGUUGAUGAUCAGCAGUCAUCUGCGGAGAAUACGCCAACUGAGGAUACUUUCAAGGCAAUUCAUAGAGACGAGUCGUUAAACACAUUGAACACUAAGCGCGGACCGGUUGAGCAGCAGGUGAAGACUCUCGGAUCCGAGGGUAUAUCAAGUAUGUUGGUGGAUAUUCCUGAAAGUACUGGUACUGUUAUCAGAAGGCCACAUACAGUGGCUGCAGUAAAUGCAGUUAGCGCCAGUGCUGCUGGACCUGAACCAAGUCCCGUCGCGGCAAGCAUUAUGAAUGUUAGUGCAUUGUCUAUUCACAGCCACAACACACUUUCUGAUCGUGGCAUGAUUCAAUACAUUACUCAAGUUGUCAUAGGUGAAUAUUUGCACAAGUAUACUCGUCGUCUGGGUAUGAGUGGUAUUUCAGAUAACCGUCACCAGAGAUAUUUCUGGGUGCAUCCUUAUACCAUGACAUUGUACUGGAGCAACGAUAAUCCUGCUCUUGAGACACGAUCAAAUGGUAAGAGUAAGUCAGUUGCUAUUACAAGUGUGCGGUCAGUUGAGGAUCAUAACCCACUGCCACCUGGUAUUUACCAUCGCAGUUUGGUGAUUGAGUCGCCUGAACGAACCAUUAAGGUUACAUGUCCAACUCGCCAGCGUCAUAAUAUUUGGUACACAUCGUUGAAAUAUUUAUUGCAGCGGUCUGUUGAGGUUACGAAGGAGGCUGAGGCUGCUUCUGCAGCUGAGUUUGAGGAUACUGCUGAGAGUGUGAUUGAAGAAUAUUUUGAACAGACUCCUGAUGUGCGGACGACACGGGAGCGGGUGAGAACACCGAGUUAUGCGCUUAACUCCCCGCACCGAUCUGUGAGUCGGAUGUCUACUAUUCGGCAUACAGUUGCACCGGAACUGAAUGGAGUUUCCGGAUCUGCAUUACGUGGAGGAUCAUCAUCGUCGCGAGCUGCGUCGACUCGAUAUAGCAGUGUUCCUGCAACAUUGCGUCACCGGUCGCAACGGUCAAUUGACGGAAGCGAAAGUGCGCGGUUGUUAACACCGCAGCCACUACAACAACAACAACAACAGCAGCAACACCGGAUGACUAGUUUGAGAACGGGGCCUAAUAGUGCUCCUUUAUCUUGA